AUGAGCAUGGCCUCACACCUUCACGUUGGAAAGGAACGCGAACGGUCGUCUUCUCGAGGGCCUGCAACAGCUACAUUCGUUCCUCACACAAACACUAAAUCCGGGUCAACGAAUCUGCCACAAGGCGUGGUUCAUGUAUUUCGCGAUGGAGCAUCUUCACCUGAAGAUACUGAAGUUGCGGAACAAGCAAGCACAACGGAUGUCGUCCUGGCUGUACUGGCUGUACCAGCUUGGAUGACACCGUCAGACUUCUUGACGUUCGUAGCUCCUGCGGAAGAGGGUAUUGCACAACUACGGAUCAUCCGGGAUUCCAUGCCCAACCGCUCCGUAGCCCUCCUGAAUUUUCGCAACCCUGAUCAUGCUGCGGACUUCAUUGAAGCGUACAACGGCAAACCCUUUACCUCCAUGGAACCGGAGACCUGUAACGUAGUCCGCGUGCUAUCGGUCAAUAUUGCGAAAGAUGAAACACGCUUUGCUUCCACUCUGGGACAAAGUUACGAACUACCUACCUGCCCCGUUUGUCUCGAGAGAAUGGACGCUGCGGUAACAGGCCUCAUCACUGUUCCAUGUUCCCAUACAUUCCACUGCAUGUGUCUUAGCAAGUGGGGCGAUAGUCGUUGCCCCGUCUGCCGCUACUCCCAGAAUUUGCGCUCGUCGCAUCCUACGUCGUCAUCUACGCGCACAUCUCGCUCUAUCCCCUUCAACAAUCUAUCUACGCCCGUAUUGUCCACAUGUUCUUCUUGCCCAUCAACCACCAACCUCUGGAUAUGUCUCAUCUGCGGAAACAUUGGUUGCGGGCGGUAUGGCCAGGCUCACGCGCAGGCACACUAUCAGGAAACUACCCAUCUGUACGCGCUUGAGCUAGAGACGCAACGUGUAUGGGACUAUGCGGGAGAUGGGUACGUGCAUCGGCUAAUUCAGAAUAAAGCAGAUGGCAAGCUCGUCGAAUUACCGAGUGCCUCUGCCUCUAUGGGCGCCAGCCCUCGGGAAGGCGGACUCGGACCUAGUGCAGCAGAUGCGCUCAGCGCAGAGAAAAUCGAAGCCAUCGGGAUUGAGUACUCGUACCUUUUAACCUCACAGCUAGAUUCUCAGCGGGAAUACUACGAAGAGCGAAUAUCCGAGGUUACGAGUGAAGUUAAUCAACUCAAGCCGAUGUUGGAAUCAAUCCAGAAGCAGAUGGACGACGAGCGGCGUAGGUGGCAAGAAGAACAAGAGGCGAGGAAGCGAGAGGAGGACGAGCGGAUGGAAGCGGUGUUACGUGAGAAGCAGAAAGCUGAUGGCAAAGCUGAUAAGAUGGCUGCCCUUGCGCGACGCUUGGAGAAGGAAUUGCGCGAAGAGCGGACAGUCAGCGAGGGCUUGUUGAAGAAUCUUAGCACUAUGAAGGAGAAGGUAGCGCAGGCUAACGCAGAGAGGGAAGGCUAUGGUCAGAAGAUCAAGGAAUUGGAAGACCAGGUAAGGGACGUCAUGUUCUUUUUGGAAGCGAGGACGAAGAUAGAGAACGGGGAUGAGACUGUUGCUGAGGCAGCAGGGGGAAGUAUUGAGUUACCCCCUGUAGAGGCUCAGACGACCGCUGCGAAGAAGAAGAAAGGAAAGAAGAAAGGCAGUUAG